AAAGGACUGAGAUACGACUUCAGACAUUUCUGCACGUGACAACGCGCUGGCUUCUCUCGCGAAUUGCUUCUCUUCUCUUCUCCGUUCCUCGAUGGCUCCGGCGCCUCCAACCCGACGUGAAUGCCUGUUGUUGCUCGUCCUUCUAGUUGCAGUCCUCUCCCUAUCUAGUUCUCGCUCCCCCAAACCCCUUCUCGCCCCUUCGACUAUCCCCCUUUCAACUACCGAAGUCGUUGAUACGUUGCAAGAAAAGAAUCCGCUCGUUUACGACACUCGUUUAUCAUGGGGGAAGGGGCCGGUGCCCGAAUCCAAGGUCUUAUCCCAUGCGCCAGGAUGGACCAUCAUCGACAAGAUGUACAUCUUCAAAGGCAUCGUGUAUGUCGUGUCCGAUGACCCCAAUACUGUUCCCAACAAGGAAGACAUGUAUUCCAAAGGGAUAGAGAUUUUUCCGGGCAAAGAAGCGGAGGACUCGCGUUUGCCUGACGAAACAGACCUCCGAAUUAUCACCAGGGCGGAAGCAAAGUCCCUCUUCGGAACGGGUGCCGGAAUCGUCGACGGUGUCACGUUCUUCGUGAACGACCAUCCUCAAUUCAUCCGUCACUACUACCAUUGGUCGGCUGAACUGUACUUUGGCUUCUGGCGGACGUAUUCCUCGCUUGACCCUUCCAUAUCGCCUGACGGUCGGACGACGCUCCCCCAACCACGGCAUAUGUGGUUCAACCGCCUGGACGCCUUCCGGUGGCGCGACCCGACAGACAUGAAUCCGCUUGUCCUCCGGUCCUCGUUCCCGGAUGUGACCAUGGAGUUCCUUGACGAUUGGGACGACCGCGUCAAGAUGGGCGUCCCGUUUGUUUUUGAGCGCGUCGUGCUGGCCGAUCGGUCGUCGGCGAUGAGAGCGUACAACUUCCAGCGCUAUCAGCGCACAGCCGGCGUUCCCUUCGCUUUGCCUGGCAGCGUCAACUGGUGGCAGACCAUCCGUAACGAUGUCAUCCAGAUGGCGGGCAUGGGUCUUCACGAAGGACAGUCAACCACGCAGCGACCCGUCAUCACUUAUAUCUCGCGGCAAGCCUGGGGUCGUCGAACUUUGCUGCAGGCGGAUCACGAAAAGCUAGUUCGAGAACUGUAUCGUCUGCGCGACGAACAUGAUUGGGAGGUCAACAUCGUGUUGAUGGAGAAGAUGAGCAGGGCAGAGCAGAUUAGACUCGCUGUGCGAACAACAAUCAUGAUGGGCGUCCACGGGAACGGUCUCACUAAUCUUAUCUGGCAAUACCCGACAGAGCGUACCACGGUCAUGGAAUUCUUCUACCCGGGUGGCUUUGCGCACGACUACGAGUUCACCGCUCGAGCCUUGGGUAUCAAGCAUUACGGGUUCUGGGGCUCUGCCUCCUUCACCAGUCCCGAUUUGCCUCUGAAUGCCUAUCCUGAAGGGUUCCAAGGAAACUCCAUCCCCCUAGAUGCCUCUGCUGUGGGCCGGCUUUGCCAUGACAGGCUGACACUGUCGCUCGAGGUCGAUGACUGAAGGCAUCGCCUUAUUUGCUGUAGAUAGCCAUACUCCGGACACGCAUAAUGUACAAUACACACUGCAAUUACUUAGAAUCAGAGCAUUUGGGACAUUGGAA